AUGGUUUUCCCGCAAACACCUCAAGCAAAAGGCAUCCUGUGGGAACUGAAGAUUUGUUGCUGUCACCGGGAUAGAUGUGUUGAGACCUCUGACUCUCAGCUCCAAAGUCCUAACCGCGGGUUGGGUCGAGGAGCAGCCCCUGCUCUUGAAACCGUCCAGGAGGGAAGCGUCCCGACUCUCACUAGCGAAAGCUCGGGAGAGACUGUUAAAAAUCCAAAAUAUGCUGGCGACAGUGGUAGUGAUAGUCCUGGAAAUAAAAGCGCUGGGUCGAAGAUUGAGAGCAAACAAAUGUUGACACCUGCAAAUCCAAAAUCGGACGAGGUUAUCGCGAAGCGUUCCUUUACCUCACUAAGCUCUGCGCGGGGCAAAAUCGGGGAAACUUCCAUGACAAACAUGACCGUAGAAACAGAAACUGUUAGUUCGAUACCUCAAGUCUCGUUGGUUGGAGGGGCUGGCGAACGGGGGAGUAGGAAGGAUCCCAGUGCAACGAUUCGCUUACGGGCCAGUGAUGAGACCAUCCGGCCGAAAAAGGAGAAGAAGAAAACGCGCAAGCCUACUGUGCCAAUUGGAACGGUGUCAUCAAAAGCGGAUAACUUUGAGGCCAAAGUCGCUAGUGCUGUCGAUGAUGCCGAUUCAUCUGAUUCCGCAGAGACCUUUGUCUACGAGUCCAACCCGCCAGACCCUCACCCAUCGCGGCAACAUCGAUAUCAUUCACGGACGCCAAGUGCGGCAUCCAUGGUUGGUCAAUUUGAUCAAUACGGGAACCGCUUGCGACCUGGUGUCAGAGAUGCUCUACAUGGUAUCACCGGAAAACGAAGCAUGAAAUUCACCAACACUUCUUCCUACAACACAAUGGACGGCGAAGGUGAAGAUCGCUCGGCUGGUAGAGGCAGUGCACGGGGAAAUGGACACAUGCAUACAGCUCGCCAUUAUCAUAUUGGGCGGAAUGGAAGGGGCGGUGCCCAUCAGCCUGUGUUGGAUCAAUCGCCUUUUCAGUCAUCUCAGAGCUCUAAAGUGCCCCGACAUUUUCUUGGCAAUGGCCACAGUCGAAAUCUGAAGAGAGACGGAGAUACAUAUGGGUAUGACUUCGACGCCGAAGGUGCUGAUGACGAACGGACCCCUCUAGUUGGAGCAAUUCGAGGUAUUCGCGGCCGUAACCGACGGCCGAACAGCUCCAGCCUGAGACAGAUGGAGUAUUUCGGAAGCCGACGAAUUGGAUUCUGUGCGCGAUAUGGUAUAUGUGCGUUACUUUUGAUGCUGCUGCUCGUCCUCACUGGUGGAUCGACCGUAUUCAUCAUUGGGGCCACACAGUCUCUUAAAAACGUGCAUGUCCGAGAAAUUCAAAACGUUCUAGCUUCGGAACAAACAAUAAUGCUUGACCUGGACAUUGAAGCCGUUAACCCCAAUUUAUUCGCGCUCACGAUUAGUGACAUGGAUGUGAAUAUCUUUGCAAAGAGUAGGUACGUUGGUACUGAUGCGUUUUGGAGAGAUCGAGGGCCCCACCCAAAGGAGCUGCCUCGAACUAAGGACAGCAAAAAACGUGCAAUUAUGGCGAGAACGGUGAACAGCGGUGCUCGCGACCGGGAGUCCGAAAUUUUGAGCCCACGCCCGACGUUCAAUGCCACCGGUGGUGUCGACAAGGGAACAGAUCCUAUUCCGGACGACGACCUCAGCGGAGAUCCACAAACCAUGCUACUAGGCCGGAUAUUCCAUUUCGCAUCACCCCUGACCUUUGAGCCUUCACCCUGGAAGCACAUCGCAUCCAACUCAACCGGCCAGGUACGAUUGACGAAACCAGGGAACAAAACGGAGGAAGGAGGAUCUCUAAGAUGGGAGCGUGUUCUCCAGCAUCCGUUUGAAUUAAUCGUCCGCGGAGUCGUCAAGUACCAGUUGCCAAUGAGUUCUGGCAUGAAAUCAGCCUCCAUAAGCUCCAAAAUCAACGUUCUACCAGACGACGGCGACAAAGAUGGCAAUGGCGGUGAUCAUGGAAAUGAUGAUGAAGUUCCAAGUGACUCGGUUCACAUCGAAUAA